AUGGGUCCGUCCACUGCCAAGAAUGCAACCAAAUUGAGACAACACCUGACGGACAGCUGUUCAGCAGUUCCCGAAUCUCUCAAACACGGCUUAGACUCCGGUUCGGGCGCCGCAACUGAUGGUUACAAACCGUCUCAAACUUCUUUUUACAAAGUGAUGGAAUCGGAGAGCAAACGACCGAAACGUUUGGCUGCGCUUAACAACAAGAAUAUACGACACGCUAUGAGCGAUGACAUCGACGAGGAUGUGGUCGAAGACUCGAUGGAUCCCAAAAUGAAGGCAUUGAUGGGUGAAAACCGGCGCUUAAGCGCACGACUCCGUCACUGCCUUAAGAAAAACGAAGCCCUCAUUAAUAUUAACCGAUAUCUGGAGGAAAGCCUUCGGCUGAUGGAGAGAAUAGAGAGCCGGGUUGUCACCGCUGUUUACAAUGUUAGUAAACUGAAUCCGGUGGUUAAGAAAUCUGUUUUAUGUAACAAACGAUCGGGGUCGAGAGCCGCGACAACCCGUAGACCAGUGGCCAACUAUCCGAAGCUCGUGUCCACAAUUUGGAAGUACUUCCAAGUGGUGGAAAAUCCGGACUACAAAGUGAUUAAAUGUAAUUUCUGUGAGAAAGAGUUCCGGUCGAAGACAUUGAACGCAUUCCAGUCGCGCCUCCAUAUCGUCGAGUCGUGCGAUAAGUUGAUUAAAUGUAAUUUCUGUGAGAAAGAGUUCCGGUCGAAGACAUUGAACGCAUUCCAGUCGCGCCUCCAUAUCGUCGAGUCGUGCGAUAAGUGUCCGCAAGAGAUCAGAGAUCUCGAGAACAUAUGGCGCCAAAAGUCCAAAGUAGACAUUUGGCGACACUUUUCGGUGACCAACACCGGACCCACCGGUUUCACGGCUUCGUGUUUGUAUUGCGGUCACCGCUAUUCACACAAAAAUGCCACAAAAGGCCGCAAACACAUUGUCUUCCUCUGCAAACAAAUACCAGCGAACAUCAGAGAGCAGAUCCGCGGCGAAUGCACUCAAUAUUAUCUCAUGAAUUGCCAGACGUCGGACUCUAAGGUCAAUACGUUUACAAAGAGUGAGCCCAAAGAGGUGACUGCCGUCAAACCAACGUCCAAACGCAAC